CGAUGAUUUUUGGCGGACUGCGAAGAAAUCAGUUUGGCAUUUGUUGGAGUAGCUAGAGAAACAAGAUAAAGAUGGCGGGAGGCAAAGCUGGUAAAGAUUCCAAGGCAAAGGCCAAGGCCGUUUCCCGUUCAGCCCGUGCUGGAUUACAGUUUCCUGUAGGUCGUAUUCACCGACAUUUGAAGAACCGAACUACUAGUCAUGGUAGAGUAGGAGCCACUGCAGCCGUAUACAGUGCUGCUAUUCUCGAAUACCUAACUGCUGAGGUUUUAGAGUUGGCUGGAAAUGCUUCCAAAGACUUGAAAGUCAAGCGUAUCACUCCUCGCCAUCUUCAACUUGCCAUUCGUGGUGAUGAAGAAUUAGACUCUUUAAUCAAGGCCACAAUUGCUGGUGGUGGUGUCAUCCCACAUAUCCACAAGAGUUUAAUUGGCAAGAAGGGAGCCAACAAGCCUACAUGAUUUUGAUGAUUGUUUUUAUUUUUAGACCAUAAGUAUUCAUAUUGUACAGUACUCUCUAAACCAACUCUAAUAUUUUUAAGCAUACUUAAUAGUAAACUCAUUCUGAUAUACUCAGACCAUUAUUCAAGUCAAUUUUAUUUGUAUUUAUGUAGUGCAUAUUCAUUAUCAUAGUAAUAGUUAUUAGUUUUUCUGCAUUGUUAGUUUAUUUUAAUCCUAGUAUUGUUUCUGUAGUCAUAAUUUAUGGCUGUAGAUAGUUUUGUUUUCCAUUACUGGAAUUUUUUCUUUGUGUAAAUAAAAUUUGAUUAAAAAAUAUCUGGUAGAGGUUCUACAUGAUAUUUUUAGUUAGGACAGAGACUUCAGGUCUUACAACUCUACUUUGCAGUCUGAUAGUUUGGCCCUAAACCAUUAACUGUACUUGAGAACAGUUUGACUUAGUUUCUGCAACUUUAGUCAUUCACUUCUGGUACUACUAUACGUAUACUGUAUACAUUAUAAUGACAGCAUUUCGUCUUAAACCAUUGUGAAAAUUAUCAAAGUAUUAUACAAUUUAAGUGACUUCA